AAAAAUUUUCCACAUAAUAAAAUGUGGAAAAAGUAAAGCACUGUGAAUAUUUUAUGGAUGCACUGUACAUGGUUUUUAUAACCCUACUGGCCUGGGGACAACAAAAAAAAAAACUUACUGCUGAGCCCUAACUGAUAAAAUGCUGCUUAAUAUACCUAAUACAUACAAUUUUUAUUUUUUUACAUAAGUAGAAACAAUCCAUCAAUGCAGUCAAAAUCCUAAGUACUUGUUCCCAGUAGCUUUCAGCUGCUUAUGCAUUACUAAUUCCAAUAUCACUUAGUAUCUUGCAUGUGCGACUAAAACCAUUUUGGUGGUGGGGUGUUGAGGUCACAAAUAUAAUGGUCCUCGGUCCUUUAAUCUGAGGGUGCAAAUGCUCCACUUUGUGUUUUUUUUUGUAGAUAAUUUUCUUAGACAAUGUAAACAAAAGUUUUUUAGAUUACCACAUUCAUUCAGUUCCUUUACAAUAAACACACAUUCGCACUUUAUCUUAAGCCUGACAUGCUGAAAACUACGAUAAUGUUUUCAUAUUCACAAUUAUGAAUGACAUCUGAAUAAUGUACUGUACAUCAGUGGUUCUCAACCAGGGGGCCUCAGCACACUUCCAAAGGGACUUUCAAGAUGACUUAAAAUUCAUUUAAAAAUAAGAAUUAUUAAAAUAAUCCUACUUAAUUAAAAUGCUAAAAAAUACUUUAAGAUGUAACCAUGAACAGUGAUGUAACAGAUUUGUCUUUGUGACAAGCUUCCAGUGCACAAACAAUACAGCAACAAUAAAUAAAAUUGCAUAUUACGUUAGAUACUUGCAUCUUACCUGACACAAGCACUAAAGAAAACAUCCACCCCAUAUCUUCCUAGAUUUUUCAGCUUCCUGCAGGGAAAGAUGCAUUUCUUGAAGGAACACUAUAUCAUAUUUCUUGCAAUUAAGAAGAGAAAUAAUGUUCCUCCUUUUUAUAGGGUGCCCCAACCCAUUCACAUUCCACAUGGAGAGAGACAAUACACUCAUAUUAACAUUUUAACAUAUUAGCAUAAAUAGAUUGGGUGUCAAAAAUACAGUUAUAAAGACCACUUUCCAACAUUAGCUCAACAAUUAAACCCAGAACUUCCCCCAGAACCAAACAAACAGAAAAAAGACAAAUGUGAGCAUUAACCCCGCCGCACACGAAAGAGCCAACUGGCGUCCAUCCCUCUAAACUCAAAAAGUCCACGUAUGCCUAAGAGAGCUCCCACGACAAAUUUACCAUCAGAUUGCUCAAGUCCGGUGCUUCUAUACAAGUUUUCUGAGACAGAAUGACACAACAAAAGAUAAUCUAUAAAAGAAAUUCCAGCCAAUAGGCAGAAUAAACACAAAGAACGUGUAGAUUCAUCCACAUACUGUUCCCGAAAGUGUGUUCCUCCCCAAAACAAGCUCCAGCCUCUUGCAGAACCAACACACACACACAAAAUUUUAAUAUAUAUAUAUAUAUGAAAGAAAGAAAAAACUGUUCAGUUUCCUCAGGCAGUCAAACCAAUGUUCAGUGAGCGGGCUGAUUCAUAAAUGCAUCAGAUGACUUAACGGCCAUCCUUACUAUCUAUUCUCAAUUUGUCCGGAAACAUCAGUGCAAAAGCGAUCUUCCGUUGAUGCAAGUGUUUCUUGAAGUCCUUGAAUACAUCGAUCAUGUUUUUCUUUUGGCAAAUUCGCAAAGUCUGGGAACAAGAAAAUUUUGUAGUUCUUCCAAGAAAGCUUUUCUUUACUCCUCGCCUCGCGUAACAUAAGAUCUUUAUUGGAUGAUCUCAGAAAUUUGGCCAGAAUUGAUCAGGGUCUAUCUCCAUCAGCCGAUCUCCGAGCCAGGACUCUGAGCUCGCUUGAUUUCCAUCUUAUGGCUUGUUAUGUCAUGCAGACUCGUCUAGAAAUUUCAACAUAUAUUGGCCUUCCUAAUUCUCAGGAAUUCUAACAAUUUUGACGUUGUUUCGCCAAUUACGAUUCUCAAACUUUUCCCAGACGCAUUGCAAAUCUGAUUUAGUCGCUAGUGGAUUAGCAGCUAAUUCCCUCUCUAAUGACUCCAGAUAAUCUAUCCAUUUCUUGACGUCCGACAAUCUUGUAACCAACUUUUGCCUCCAUUGCCGUAAUCGAUAGAUAUAUUAAUGCAAGAUCCUCCAAGUCUGCUACAAUCUUCGUCAGCAUCACAGACAUGUUGGACUGUUGACGUUAAAUUUCUCCCGUCGCACCGUCCAAACUGAGUCCCUGUCAGGGGUAUCAGCUUGAGCAUGCAAGUGUCUUUUAAUGUCUCCAGAGCAGACCUGAUUGAACAGCAAUGAGUGACCCUGAGCCUACUUCAUUUGCAUCUGUUGAGGAAGAAAGAGACUUCUGGAAAGAACAGGUUGCCAAAUGCCAGCAAAGAGCUGAGGAGGCGCAGGAGGAGCUGCAGGAGUUUCAGCUGAUGAGCCGAGACUAUGAAAUGGAACUGGAGACAGAACUGAAGCAGUGUGAGGCCCGUAACCGAGAGCUGCUUACAGCUAAUAACAGGCUUCGAAUGGAAUUAGAAAACUACAAGGAGAAGUAUGAAUCGCAGCACUCUGAGGCCGUCAGGCAAAUCUCUACUCUAGAAGGGGAUCUUGCAGAGACCACAGCAAUCAAGGACCAUCUACACAAGUACAUUCGGGAGUUGGAGCAGGCCAACGAUGACCUGGAAAGAGCAAAGAGGGCCACUAUUAUGUCACUUGAGGACUUUGAGCAGAGAAUGAAUCACGUUAUAGAGAGAAAUGCCUUCCUCGAGAGUGAGCUUGAUGAAAAGGAGAAUCUUCUAGAGUCAGUACAGAGAUUAAAGGAUGAAGCCAGAGAUUUAAGACAGGAGUUGGCUGUUCAGCAGAAACCGGAGCGUAAACCAUCAAUCAGCCUCUCGAAAGACAUAGAAAAGCCAGAAGCCACACCUUCAAGACCCUCUUCUGUUGUUAACGCCACCCUCCCAUCUCUACUUGCCACACCCUCUAGGCCUCCAGGCUCUGGGAGUGCAUUCAACACGCCCCCGGCAUCGUACAGCAGAAUCGAAGGUCUUACUGGAACUCCUCUUACCACAUCUGCACGGAUAUCUGCCCUCAACAUCGUUGCAGAGUUAUUGAGGAAAGUUGGGAACCUUGAAUCAAAGCUAGCAUCAUGCAGAGAGUUACAAAUCCACGAGAAAACACCUGGUCGUGCAGCGAUUGGCCAAAGUACACAAAGUAUUUCACGAGAAAACCCAGAAAACCCAUCCAAUGCAAAUGGCCUCUAUGAUAAGGGGCUGGUAAAACGGUUGGACUUUGGAACAGGACCCAAGAUAAUGCUGUGAAUAAAGCAUUGUCUGCUUCCAUAAAUCAAGUGCAUCUUUCUUUCCCACAUCAUCGGGAAAUGCAAUAUUCCUAAUAUGAAAAUGGUUAAUUUUCAGGAGCUUAUAGGAGCAUAUCCUUCUGCUAACCUUCUAAUUCUUCCACCGUUUUCUGUGAAGGGAUUUGCUUUUGCGGUUACAUCAACCCAAUUAAUAGAGGUCACUGCUGUUCGCCAGCUCUCUCUGUCUUCUGGAAUGUCUGUACUACCUGUUGUUUUACUGUUUAGUUGGAUAUUUUUGUGUAUUGAAGGUGAACGUAUCUUUUUAAGUUCACACUGUUUGAUUUUUGUUUGUUUUGUGAGUUUUUAGGAAUCUGGUGACAGCAUUUAAAAAUGUAUAAUCUGCACUGUAUUCUUUUGAAUUGCUCUUUUUGGGACCAUAAAAUGGGUGAUUGCUGCAGGUGACUGAAACAUCAAAAUUUAGCCUCGCAACCCCCUUCAUUUGGCACUGAACUACUGAACCGUAAUCUGAGUUAAACCUCUACUGCACAUACUCAUUGUUCACAGGACUGUAGCGAUGUUGACUGCAGGUUAAAACAUUUUUAAAUGCAGAAUUGCCUGAUUUAAUUUUUUUAUGAGAUCUGUAGGAUUGUUACUAACUGAUGGAAUUUUGUCUUUAGUGUUCAGAGUUAGAAAUAAUGUUACAAGGUGGUGGGUGCUCUGUUGUUAACUAAAGCUGCUGUUCAUAUCUCAUGUUAUUGUUGCCCUCUUAGGGGCUUAUGCAAGUAACCAACAGUAGCAGAAAUGUGUAUGCAUGAUGACAAAAAUCACUCUAGGGCCUUUUUAAUGUCUAGUAAUAGCUAAUGCAAGAUAGAAAACCUCAUGUGCAUCAUCAGUGCCAUCUUUGAUUUCAAAGACUUUAUCUAUAGUACCGAAGAGUAGUUGCUGUCAUACCAUGCGCUGAACAUGAAUUUAAUGUGCCUUAAUUUUGUGGCCAUUACAGGCUUUGCCUCAAAGUUAACAUGGGAAUUGGGGAACUUACUAGCCCGAAGGGAGUUGCAGCUUCUUUUACUAUUCUUCUUCCCAUUGUACCAAUUCUCUGAUUUGUCAGGGAGUCCUGGAUGAGAGGAACAUUUUUAAUUCUAAGUGGAGUUUAAUCCCUUAUUUUUCACAUUUCUCUCAUGCGAGAGUUUUAGAUUUAGUCAAGUAACAAACGAUAUGAAUACUUCAGUGAAGGGUACAAAUAUUUUUAUGUUAAAAAUAAAAUUGUAGAAGAAUUGAUAUCAUAUACUUUCCACUUUUUCUUAGCGGUACAAAUGAAAAGUGAUAGAAAUGAUGGUUGAUAGGAAGAUUUAGCACAUGUUGCACCAGAGUUAUCUCAGGGCCUUAAGCAAUAACCUCACUAAAGAUUCAGUUAAUUAUUUGUUUCUAUAGGCAAAAGGCAUUCACAGCUGCCAAUUAUAUAAUUGUCAACUUGUAUUUUCUUUGCUAUGUCUGUGCAUGCCUUUGCAAAGGCAAUGCUUAGUUUCUCCUGCCUGUGUAAAUCCAUUUUAUUGUCGGU